AUGGAUGGGCUGCAGCACUCAGUAGACAAGGCGUGCCCACCUGCUCACCUUCCCCAGGACACCAGGCUGCUCAAGUUAUCAGCACCUCCACGCCAUCAACUGACCGCCAAGAUCCUCUUCCUGCCCUUCAACCUGGCCAAACCGGUCCACUCAGGCCUGCACGGCCUCUCUGACCGCCUGCCCCACGCUGUGCGGCCCCCACGCUGCCUAGCCCCCUCCUGCCCGCCGCGGCCCGCGCGCGUCCCCUCCCGGCCCGGCGCGGCCUGGGCCUCGGCCGGUGUAGGCCCGCGGCCGGGUCAGGCGAGCUCAGGCCUGCCGCGGCCUACCCCGUCGGGCGCCACCGCGGACUCCUCGCCUCACCUGGAAGCGGGCGGGUGGGCCCGGGCUGCUCCGGGGUGGGGGGGCGACUGCGGCGCGGCGCUAACGGCUCCGCUCGGCCUCGGUAGUGGCGGCGGCGGCAGCGGCGACGGCGACGGCGGCGACGGCGGCGGCGGCGGCGGCGGCGGCUCCUCCUCAGCGCGCACGACCCGCUCCGGCCCGCGGCCCGGACACGCCCCCCCGGCGCGCGCGCUCAUUGGUCAGUGCCCGCCAUGGCGUGCUGUUCAUUGGUCAGCGUGCCUGUCGCUGCACCUGGGGCGCGCGGUGGAGGUGGGACUUCCUGUCGGCGCCGCCUGCGAAAGGCUCGGCGGCCAGCCGAGACGCGGGUGGCCAGCGAUGGCUGCGGAGGUAGCUAGUUGGGCCCAGGCUCACGGAGGCCGACUGGAGGCAGCGGUCCAGGAGAGGCGCUCCUUGUCUAUCGUAUGUUGUGUCCCCAGCAUUUGUUCAUCUCACCGCCGCUGCCACCCAGCAAGGAUCCCAGGAUGCUUGGUGUUGUUUCCAAGAGGAGACCUGCGUUUUCAGGCUGGCCUCGAACUCACGAUGUAACCCCAGCUGACCUUGAAUUUGUGAUCUUCCUACCUCAGCUUCCCACAUACUGGGAUUACAGAUGUGCGCCACCACAUCUGGCUUGAGUUUUUUAAUGGUCAUUGAAGAAGGGCACUGCCUACAAAGCUUCAAGUGCUUGCUGUCAGAUUACUUCCAGGAAGACUGCAAAUCCCUGCUGGGGUGGACAAAACAGCUGUGCAAAGAAGUGGUGUGCCCCCACCCCCGGAACCUGAGCGUUCGGCUUCACCCAGUAAGUGCACCUGGAGGGGGGAUCAGAUAGAGGGUGUUGAAGUAGGAGAUGACCCUGGGUUGUCCUCCCAAGAGGAUGGAUUGAUGACUGACUGAUCAGUUGAGUUUUUUUGAGAUAGUCUCACUGUGUAGCCUAGGCUGGCCUUGCUUUCACUGUGCAGCCCUGGCUGGUCUUGAACUUGAAGCCAUGCUCCUGUCUUGGCCUCCUGAGUCCUGGGAUUACAGGCGUGCACCACCACGCCUGGCCUACACUGGACUUUAUAGGAGGGCGGCAGGAGGGUGUGGCACAGACCUGAAGAUGCAGUGCUGCUGGCUGUGAGCAGAGGGAGCCAGUACCUCUAGAAGCUGGAAGGGCAGAGGAUGUCCUCCCUCAAGCCUCUGGGACGGACUUGGCUUGCCAACCUCUUGGUUUAAAAUUUAUUUCAUCUAAAGGACAUAACUGCAUGUAUAUUUAAGUGUAUAAGAUAGGUAACCAUAUUACCGAGUUUUAUUGGAUCAUUGAACAGAACUGUUUGCAGUCUCACUGUAUAAAUGUCCACUCUAUAUGCUUUAAUUUUGUAACUUGAACAACUAUUUCUAAGAUGACAAUAUGUAAUCUAUUAACUAGUGAUUUCCUACUGUUGAUUUUUUCUGAAAUUCUGUAUAACUUCUACUCUUUUUCUGUUUUGUUUUUCUCCUUAAAUAAAAUUAAAAAACAAAACAAAACAAAAAAAACUUAUUUCAGACGUCCAAAAUCCAGAGCCAUGAGAUAGAUAAGUGACUGGGUUUUUUGGGUGGUUUUUUUUUUUUUUUUUUUUUUUUUGGUCUUUUGGAGACAGGGUCUCAUACAGUUCAGGCUGGUUUUGAGCUCUCUCUGUAGCCCAGGCUGAUCUCAAAUUUGCAGUAAUCUUCCUGAAUCAGCCUCCUGAGUGCUGGGAUUACAGGCAUAAACCACCAUGCCCAGUUGAUAUGUGACUUUUAUUUUAUUCUUUUUUUGGUACUGGGGAUCAACCUCACAACCUAGCACUUGCCAGGCAGGCACUUAUGUGCUGAGCUAAAUCCCCAGCCCCAAUAUGUGACUUUUAAACCACUUCAUUGUAGUAUUGAUUACAGCAGCCAUCAGGACUAUGUGAUAGGCAACCAGCAUCUAAGAGAGGUUAAAUUACUAAAUUGCCCAGGCCAGUUUUAAAUUUGCAUCCUCCUGCUUCAGCCUUCCAGAGUGCUGGGAUUACAGAAAGGUACUACCACACCCAGCAGAAUUUAUCUUUUCUUUGAGAGAAUUUUAAAAUGAGAUUUAGAAGUUGGGUGUAGUGGAGCAUGCCUGUAAUCCCCACAUUCAGGAGGCUGAGGCCAGAAGGUCACUGUGAGUUGGUGGCCAGGCUGGGCUACAUAGUUCAAGCCAGCCUGAACUACGCAACGAGAUCCUGUCUCAAUAAAUAAAAGUUUUAUGUUUUUUUCUUUACUGGAAGAGAGAACAGACAGCAAGCAGGAAGUGGAGUACAAGGAGGAGAAAAGGUAGGUGGCUUCUUGGGUGAGGCAGGGAGGGAAGGUCAGGAAUGCUGGGGGGUACAACAGAGGAGGUGGGCUCCACAGGGAUAGGAGGCUGGACCUGGGGGCUCGGUGAGCAGGUCAGUGAGGUAUGGAGACCUGGGGAGAGGCUGGAUGGGGUGACCAUGGCCCGGCCCUUCACCUCUCGGUCCCUAGACAGCCAGAUGGUGUUCAGAAACAGAAGCCAGGCAGGCUCCAUCAAGGCCAAGCCACCUUUGAGAGAAGAUAGGAGCCUAGCAAGUCCUGCAGGUGUGGUGAUGCUUUUCUGCAUUCAGAAGGCUGAGGCAGGAGGAUCACAAGUUCGAGCCAAGCCUGGGCAGUUCAGUGACUUAGUGAGAUCCUGCCGCAAAUGAAAAGGAUGGGGGAUGUAGCUGUGUGUGAAAACCCUGGGUUCCACCCCCAUCCCCAUACUACAAAAAUGAGAGGGCUCAGCCUGACUCCAGCUGAAAGGCUAAGUAGGUGCCUAUCACAGGAGGUUGCAAAGCAUUGCAUUUUUUUCUCUGGGCAGCUGAAUUGAUUUUCAAGUUAGCAAAGGUUUGGCAUUCAGUCCACAGUGAGGUCACAGCCAGAGGGCAGAUAGGCUGUGACCUGUGUCCCAGUCUGACCCUAGCGACUGGCCCUGGGGCAAACAUAGCCACGUGGCCUCCCACCUCCAAGCCUCAGGCUGCGUCUCUGCAAAAGCUAGGUGCAGUGCUGCCUGCCUGCCUGCCUGCCUCCCAUUCCAGGAGGAAUUGCAAGUUUGAGCUCAGCCUGGGCAGUUUAGCAAGAUGUCUUCUCAUCGAGGGGAAAAAAGAAAAGGCUGGGAAUGUAGCUCAGUGUAAAGGCCCUGGUUUAACCCCCGUACCACACUGGGACAGAAAGAAGACAGAAGAAAAGCAGGCAGUAUGGCUCACAGGGUGACCCACAGGAGCAGCGCCGGGCGGGGCACUAACAUGCAGGUGCCUGCCUGAUACACAGAACUGUGGUCAGCACCCCAGGAGCAGCCGCAAUCUCUGUCUCCCCCUCCUCUGUCCUCCCCCCUCCCUUCUGUCUGUCUGUCUGUCUGUCUGUCUGUCUGUCUGUUUGUCUGUCUCUUUUAGUUCAGACUUUGACUCUUAAGAUAAACAUGGGUCACUGACCUGAGCUGGCCAGCAAACUUUCAUUUUCUAGAAUCAGAGUCCAGGCCCUUGCAUCUUUCUGAGCCCUUUAUCCUCUGGGCUCAGGGCGUGGCCUGGUGUGCCCUGCUGUCCCACAGCCUUGCUGACAGUGACCACUCUGCCCCCGCUUACCGAGUGAAUAAAUCAGUAACUUGUACCCUCCCUCUCCCUAUCCCCGGAGGACUGAGUGGUUUCUUUCCUAAAGUUCCCCGCUCUCCUAUCCACCCCUCCCUUCUCACGCCCUGAGCGCACCCUCCUGUUGUGUCUCCCUUGGGUGUUCACAAUGCCCAUUUGGGCUUUUCAGAGAGAAGCUGGGGGCUUCUACCGCAGGUUCCCCCCACCCACUCUGUUUCCUGGCCGGCAUGGGCUGAGCAGCGCUUCCCUGCGUGGCCCUCUCUGCCUUGGGGUCGACUGAAUCCUCGGAAAACCUGGCUCCUGUGUAAACCUGGCCUCCUUCAAAUCUCAGGUGCUGGGUAUUUUGUCCCAACCUAUGCAAAGCACCUAAGACAGAAAACAGGUGCCUUGUACUCUUCACAUAAGUGAAAUCUUACAGCACUUGGCUUCUUGAAAAGGGCUCUGUCACUGAGCAUAAUAUUGUGAUU